AUGGAUGCGAGGGUGUGUCCGCAGUGUGGAGAGUUAUUACACAGGUUCAUGAUCCGGAUGAAGCAUGCCGUGGUGAUGUGUGCCAACGACAAGUGUAUGUACCCGUUCAACACACCGGGCGGUAUAGAGAGCAACCUGGUAUAUGUGGAAGGGUCAGAACUACUGGAAGCAUCUACCAAGAUAGAGAAACCACCUAGCCGACACUGA